AUGGUAAUGAAGAGCUACAUCGAACUCUGUCUGCAAGUGUAUGGUGGCCUUCACUCGAAGUUCAGCUUGCCGCCGAAGCAAGAUAAAGGAAAGAAGGACUCGAAGGCUCCCGCCAAGAAGAAGGAAGGAGGAGGAGGUGGCAAGGCCAAGAAGAAGAAGUGGUCAAAGGGAAAGGUCCGCGACAAGUUGAACAACUUGGUCCUCUUCGACAAGGCAACAUACGACAAGUUCGUCAAGGAGGUGCCCUCCUACAAACUGAUCACCCCCUCGCUUGUUUCUGAGCGCAUGAAGAUCCGCGCCUCGCUCGCGAAGAAAGCCCUCGAUGAGCUGCACUCCAAGGGCCUGGUCAGACUGAUUGAGAAGCACCACGCUCAGUCGAUCUACACUCGAACGACCAAGGCCGACGAGGCCGCGGAGAACGAGGAGCAGGUCGAGGAGACCACCGGCGGAGGCAAGGGCAAGCGUGGCAAGGCGAAGGCAUAA